AUGGCCACGGAUACAGAUAACAUUCCUCAGUGGAAGCUUGAGCUGAUUCAAAGGCGUAAAAACAAGCCAGUGGUGUCGUCCCCAGGUGGCUCGUCAUCGUCAACCUGCUCGAAGGCACCCCAUAGCUCAAAGGUAACAACCAGUAAGAUAAAUUCCAGUGGAAGUGCAAGUGCAAGUGAAAUUCCCCAGGUUCUUAAAACCGCCACCGGUGGCGUCCCCAGUCAACAGAAAUCCGAGCCGGGAGUCGGGCAGAAGUCAGUUUGUUGCAAAAUGCGGCUAGAACCGGACGCGUAUUUACACCCGGACGGCAGCGACUGCGAGGAACUCGCCUACGGCCCGGGAAUUGUCAACAGACUCCGCUGCAAGUAUUUGAAUCUCACCAAGGAAAAUUUAACCGGGUCUAAUUUUCGCCGGGCUGCUAGCUUGGAGGACCUCCUGGGGGAUGACACCAGGAAGUUUGUCAAAAAAUCUCCUGCUCCUGGACCCGGACCUGGAAUUUCUCCAGGAGGUGUCGCGCUCAGGACCGAGCGGUUCAGGAACCCCUCCAGGGGCAAUGACUCGAUAAAACGCGCCAGGAGUGUCGAAACUCUAAUGAGAUACGACCUCCAGGACCCGGACAUCAUCCUCGUGGACAACUCGGUUAAAAUAGAGUCCAAGUUGACUCCUGGUGUGCUAAAACCCAAGAGAUUGAGGCCCGUUUUGGCGGAAACUGAACGACCCCCGCCUGACCUGGUCAAGACCACCAUGAGGAUUUUUGAGUCCACUGUUAAAAAAGUUAAGCCCAGGGGGGAAGUUGCGGUUAAAGUUGCCACCUUCAAGGGGAUUAAUGACAGUAUGAAGGGUAAGAAGGUUGUCAAGGUGGGGAAGGUUAUCACAAAUUCGGGAAAAGCUCCUGGAAAAGUUGUUCAAGAUGGGGUCGUUGUUGAAAAAAUUGUAAAAGUUUCGCAGGCUGUUAGCAAGUUUCAGCAAAUUUCGGGGGAAAUUUCUGGGGAUAAAAAAUUUGAGAAGAAAGUUAAAGGGAAAGUGGGAAAUUUUGAGGAAGAACCAUUUGAUGGAAGAAAAGUGGGGGAUAUUUUGGGGAAAGUUAGAAUUUUUGAAGAAGAAAUAUUUGAUGGCGGGAAAGUUGGAAAUUUUGAAAAAGUCGUAAAUUUUAUACCAGAAUUAAUUGAUAACGGGAAAUUAGAGGUAAAUUUUGAAGAAAAUGUGGAAAAUUUUGGAAAAGUAAUUGAGAAAUUGGAAACUUUUGAAGAAGGUAAUUUAAAUGGUAAAGUUUUAGCUAAAAGUGAUGAGUGGAAAAUUUUAGAAGAAAGUGGAAAGAAGUUGGAAAUUUUGGAAAAUGUGGAAAAGUUACAAAGGUUUGAAAAGUUAGAAAUAGUGGAAAAUUUUGAGGAAAAACUUGAAGAAAAAAUAAAGAUUGAUGUUGUGGAUACUUCGGAAAAAUUAAAAGAAAAUGAAACUGAGGAUUUAGGAGUAAAGAAAAUUUCUAAAAAAUCUCAGGAAGAAAUUUCAAAAGCCGGUGAAAGUGUAAAGUUUGAUUUUAAUGAUAACAAUGAGGUGAAAAAUUAUCUUCCCGGGGUGAAUGGGGGGAGUGAAGAAAAGGAGGUCAAAACAAACGGAAAUGGGGUGGAGAAAAAUUCUUCCAAGGGGAAGGAACCAAAACAAAUUGGGAUCAUCAGGCCGCUGGUGAGCUCUAAAAGUUUGAGUUCGAGGGAGUUGGAGAAAAAUCUUAUCAACAGGGUGAAGAGUAUCGAGAGCGAGCCGACCAAGGUGGUGGUCAGUUUGAAGAACGCCGAGGAGGUGAAAAAUGGCGGGCUCUGGGACAAGCCCUGGAACCAGCAGAACAACACCAUGGUUUUUAAUUUUAGCAAUAGAAAGGAUGUGCCAGAUUAUAUUGAGAAUGAUGGGCUGAUUAUUAGGAGGAAGAGGGAGAAGACUAAGGGGGACGGAAUAAUUGUCCUAGAUGCGACCCUGGACGCCUCGACGACCGACGACGGGGACUGGGAGCUGUCUGGAGGGCCGCCUUCGCCAUGCGAUGUCGCCUUUUUUAAUGAUAAUGUACUAAUUAACGGGAGGAGUAAUUUGUCCAGGUCACCUAGAAAUCACAAGCACCGGAUACAGUUCAACGACGGAGCAACGAAGACAUUCGAGUACCCGAGUGAAGCCUCGAUGCUAGAAGACGAGGGGACAUGUGUGGAUGGCGGAACAUCUUCAGGUUCUGCGACCGACAGACCAGAUUCUGGGAAUCUAGGAAACUCCGGAGGAUUGGUUACUACUGUUGAGUCUCAGGCGCAAUUACAGCAGUGUAAUAUUGGAAGUGCUGCUGCUAAUCCUAUUUUGGUGACCCGAACGGUGGCGCCACCUACCGAGGCUGAUCCACCACCAGAGGAGCCACCUCCGGAAGUCGAGGAGCCAAGCUCGGAAUCAGCCGCCUGGGGCGCUGAGGCAACCGCGGACCUCCUCUAUUAA